AACUUGGGACUGUAACUUUGACGACUUCUAUUUAAAGUCCCCUCCCCCCCGCCAUCCCCACCCGCCAAGUCUCGGGAACCUGAGCCCGGGAGCAGGACGACUUGACAGACAGAAAAGCCCCAGACGCAGGUCAGGAGGGCAGAGUUAGAGGGGGAACACCAAGUGAGUAGGGAAGGAAGCCUCUUAGCCCCAGCUAGAGGCCUGAGAGAUGGAGAGCGCCCAAUACGACCCAGCUCCGACCUCCGACAGCUACCUCGGCUCGGAGGAGGAGACAGAGCUGGAGACAGAAGAGGAGUCUGAAGGAGAGGAAGAAACCACCGCAGAAACUGAGGAGGAGCUGGACAGCAGCAGGUUAACAGACCAGAAUGAAGAGGACAAGACCAAGCAGCAGUGUAUUAUAUCUGACCCCUCCUUUUCCAUGGUAACAGUUCAACGUGAAGAUAGUGGAAUAACCUGGGAGACCAGCUCAAGUAGGUCCUCCACUCCCUGGGCCUCAGAAAGUAGUUUAACUUCUGAUAUGUAUAGUAUGGAAGGGUCAACAGUAAGUUCUCCUCCAGGGAACAUUUCUUUUAUCUUGGAUGAAGGUAAAAAAGUUCGGAAAAGAACCCGUAAGUCAUCAUCAAAACAUGGCUCCCCAGCUUUGCGUCGGAAAGGAGGCAAAAAGAGACACUCCUUGGAAGGGCAAGAAGAUGUCCCAGCAAAUGCAAAAGACAAAGCUUCAAUUUCAGAUGGAAAGUCAAAACAAGAAAAGUCAUCUAUUGGUGCUUAUGAUAAAAAUAGGAAAAAGAAGACCAUCUCAAACACCCCUCCCAUCACAGGGGCAAUAUACAAAGAACACAAGCCAUUAGUAUUAAGACCAGUUUACAUAGGAACAGUACAGUAUAAAAUUAAGAUGUUCAAUUCAGUGAAAGAAGAAAUAAUUCCCCUACAAUUUUAUGGAACAUUGCCAAAGGGUUAUGUAAUUAAGGAAAUCAAUUACAGAAAGGGGAAAGAUGCAUCUAUUACUUUAGAACCAGAUGUGACAAAUCAGGACCCCAGCAUAGCUUCCAAAGCAAGCAAACCAAUGACCCAAAAUAUAGAGAGUAAUAAAGAAAAGCAGCUUUCUCCACCCUGGAGAGAAGCAAUGUCUAAAGAGUCCAGGCCAGUGCCAUCUUUUCUUAAGGAUAUAGAAAAGCCAAAGGAAGCUGAUUCAUAUUCACCCCUAAAUGCAGCUGCAGCAUGUGUGCUCAAACAUACUGUUUCCUCAUAUUCUAGUAAUGAAACUAUGGUGCCUCAGAGUCUUCCAUUGUCAGCUUCAACACUUCCAGUUGAAGAAGCCUCAAUGCAGGAAAUACAAAUGGAUUCUCCAGAUGCUGCAACCUCGGAAUUGAUGGCCCCCAAAAUGGAGAAAGAAGAGUUUAAAGCUGAUAUGCAACAAGCUGUAGUUUCGUCACCCACACUUUCAAUGCCACCAUCUUUUGUGGAUGAGGUUAGAGAGGAAGAAAGAGAAUCUGAUUUAUUGGCAACUGCUGCUACAUAUAUUUCUGAGACUCUCACUUCAACUAAGGCAGAAGAGGAAGCCUUUGAGUCAGAUUCACCAGUUACUGAAGCAUCUGCCCCAGGUCCUUUUGGUAUAAAGGUAAACAACCUGGGACUGUCUUCUCUAGAAAAAGAAGAGCCAGUUUUUCCAACUGGUGAAGGGGAGAUGGAAGAGACCAAGCCUGAAUCAUCAGUUUCUUUGUCUGAACCUCCAGCCUUGGGCAAAAUGAAAGAGGAAGAAGAGGGUGUUUCCUUGCCAAUAACUUCAGGGCCAGAAUUUGAACCCUCAUAUGUAUCAGAAGAAGAGAUCAUUGAAAUUGAUUAUCCAGAAAGCCUAUCUCCCUCUGAAAAUGCCAUCCCACCACAUUUGGUUCAUGAAAGGGAGAGAAAAGAAGCUGAACCCGACUUACCACUAUUGGCCACAUCCACUUCAGAACAUGUAGCUUUAUUAGAGAAAGAGAGGGAGGAAAUUGGGCCUAUUUCUCCAGAUUCAGACUUUGCAUCUGAGUUUUCAAGUCUAUCAUAUUCAACCCAUGAACUAGAGGAAAAAGAAACUAAGCCAGUUUCCCCACCAGCUGUAAUCUCAGCAUCUGAAUAUGAAAUUUUGUCAGAAGAAGAGACCAUGCCUCACUCCCCAGAGUUCACAUCUGUAUCUGAGUAUUCUACAUAUCCUACAGUUGAAGAGGAAAGUACUGGAUGCGAAACCCCUACACAUUUAGCAUCUACAUCUGAAGCCACCAUCUUCUCAGAAGAAGAGACUCUCGAAAGUGAAUGUUACACACCAGAUUCUACAUCUGCUUCUGAGUAUUCAGUUCCUGUAUAUGCAGCACAGGAACAGAAGGAAGAAACCAGCCAGCAGACUCCACUAAACUCAGUAGCUGCAGCUGAACAUAUGAUUAUAUCUGAAGAAGAAAAAGAUUAUAUUGGACCCUUUUCUCCAGAUUCAGCAUUUGCAUCUGAAUACUCAUUCUCACCUCAUGAAGUUCGAGAGUCAGAAAAAGAAGAAUUUGAAAGGGAUUACCCACCAUGCUCAACAUCCCCUUCUGAACACACCAUUUUGACUGAAGAAGAGAAUGAAGAGAUCGAGCCUUUUUCACCAGACUCGGCCUCUGACUUUUCAGUCCCACUUUAUAUAACACCUGAACCAGAGAAGAAAGAUGAUGAAUCUGGUUCAUUGCAAACUGCAAUAUCUGUUUCAGAAUAUUCCAUUUUUUCUGAAGCAGAGAAGGAGGAAACUGAGACCCAAGCACCUACAAUGCCUGAACCUCAACAUACCAUUUUAUCUCAGAGGCAAAAAGCUCAACAUUCUUCUUCAGUGCCAGGGUCUGAACAACUGAAUCUGCCACCUUCAACCGCUGAAGUAGAGAAGGGAGAAGUCAAGCCCAGCUCCCAAACAACUUCCCUAUCUGUGUCUGAAUACCUUAUUUUGUCACAGAAGCGAAAUAUUGAAGGUCUCUCUCAGGUACUUGAGUCUGAACACUCAAUUUCACCAUCUUCAACUGAUGAAAGAGAGAAGGAAGAAACCAAGCCUGAUCCAUCAGUACCUGCCUUCAUGAAGGCAGGCUCAUCUGAGAAAGAAAAAAUCAAGCCUGUUUUACCAGAAACUUCUGUAACUAGGCCUCAAGAGUCAAUCCCAGCAGAAUCAACUCAAGAAGUGAAGAAAGAGCUAGGACUGGAACUUGCACAUGCUCAAAAAGGGGCCUCUGACCAUUUGUCUUUUUCAAAAGUAAGCAAGGAAGAAAUCACGUCCAACUCCCAGGUCACUCCACCUGAAUACCCAGCUUCAUUGCAGCAUAAAGAAAUGGAGCCCCAUUCUCCAAAGGCCCCAGAAUAUGUGAUGGAACCCUCAGUUGCACCUGGGGAGGCAGGGAAGAAAGUGGUAUGUGAGCCACCUGUGCCUCAGCAGGAAACUUCACUGAAGAAUAAGGAAAACCUGAAAGACAUGCAAAAGGCAAAAUCUUUAGCUGGACUUGUAGUUUCACGAACAGAGACAAAGGAAAAAAUUAGGGAAGACGAAGAACAAGCAGUUGUGCCUGAAUCUCAGCACCUGGUUUUAUCAGAAUCAAAGAAAGAGGAAACUCCACCUCCCCCUGAACUGAAAUUCUCAUCUUUGUCAGAAGAAGAUAAAAAAGAAAUUGGGCCUGAUUCUCCACAAGCCACAGUAUCAGAACUCAAACCUUCACUUUUGCCCAAAGUAGUAAAGGAAGAAAUCCAAUCAGAUUCACCACUUCCUACAACAUCUGUAUUUGAUUCAGUUUUAUCAAAAGCAAGCAAGGAAGAAGUGGAUCACAGCUCUCCACUAACAGAACAUUUGGUUCUAAAUGAGAAAGAAAAGAAAGUAGGUGAACCUGGCCUCUCACCUAUUGAAACAACUGCGUCUAAGUCUCCAAUCUGGCCAAAAGUACAUAAAGAAGAAGUGAAUUUCCAUGCAUCACCAAAUGCAAGAUAUUCAGCAGAACAUGCAGUUUUGUCAGAAGUGGGAAAGGAAGAGGAAAAACCUGGGUCACCUGUGCCUGAGCAUUCAGCGUCAUCAAAGGCAGGAAGUGAUCAAGGUGUCCCACCUGUGACAGUUACUGCACCUGAAUGUUCGACUUUGUCAAAAAAGCAAGCCUCUGAAUCAUCUGAUCCAGCAUCAAUGAUUGGAGGUUCAGUUCCACCAUACAUGGCUGUUGAAAUAGAGAGAAAAGAUACCAAACUUCCUUCAUCAAAGACUGUGAUAUCAGCAUCAGAUCAAGGAGUUCCAUCACAAGAAAAGGAAGAGAUAAAAUACCCUCCACAUGAACUGGAAACUUUAGAGACAGAAGAAUUAUCUAUGAAAUCAGUCACUCCUACAGGUGAGAGGAGCAGGCAAGAACCUGGAAUGUUGAUAUCAGAUAAGAGUGAUUUACCAUCAGAAAAGCCAGCUGUUCCUUCAUCAAGUCUUCCAGUGGAGCCUGAAAAGACAGGCAUGCUACCCGAUGCACUAGAAUUAUCAGGGGCUGUGUCAGAGCUGUCACACGACUUAGUAAGUGAAAGUGAACAUAGGGAUGCAAAACUGGAAAUAUCUCUCACAUCAGAAACGGGAAGCUCAGUGCUGGAAAGGGCGAAGUCUGAGGCUAAGACCAGGGAAGAAGGGAAGCAAGAGCAUAAGCCUUUCUCAGCUGAGGUGGCCAGCAUGGCAUCAGAUAAAUCAGUAGCCUCUUUCAUCGAAAAAGAAAAUCCAGAACCACAGCAAGAUCAUUUUUCAUUCAAAGAAUUAUUGCAAGAGUCAAGAGACUUGGCAGACUCUAACAAAGGAGAGAAACAAAAAGGUCAUCCAUUGACCUCCAUAGAAAAUUUGGCCCCACAAGGGGCAGGGGAUAUUUUGACCAAAGCAAAUGAAGACACCACCCAAACACAUUCAUUCCAUAUGUCAGAAAAUGUACCUGAGCCAUCCAAGAUGGCCUCUUCUGAUCUCUCUGAGGAACAAGCAAAGCAAGAAACUAUACUUUGCCCAGAUGAUGUUGGUAAUUUACUUGAAUUAUCAAUACCUUCACUGAACAGUCCCUUGGCUGAUCAACAGGAUAUUUCUACUAAGUCACAUUCAUUUGCAGAAGCAAAUUUGCCUUUGGAAGAGUCAAAAUCUAUUGUGACAAUUGAGCCUGGAGAUGUUAUGGAUGCAAAAGACUCCCUCCCUUUGCAAAAAGAAGGAAGCUGGCUGCUGAAAGAACCAAGCCAAGAGCAGGCUAGCCCUGACAAGGAAAGAGUGCUGGAGUCAGGGCAGCCGUGUUCUUCUGCCACAGAUGGAAGACUGUCAGGACACUUAACAUCUGCUCCACCUGAGAAGAAACAAACUUAUGAACAUACAAAACCAGAAAGCUUUUACCCAGCCAAAGAACCUGCUUUAUCAGCAGAGGGACCAUCGUCUCCUCUGGGCAGGUCCGAUGAUCAUGGAGAGAAACUAACAACUCAAACUUACUCUUCUCCUGAAAUACAAGUGGCUGAAGAGCCAAGAGGUACAGUUCUAGUCGAAAACAUAGCUCGACCUGAAGCUAAGGGGAAGCAGCUCUCUUUAUCAGUGGAUUCUGAAAGUGUGAUACCAGAAAAGUUAGGCACUGAAGAGGAUGGCCAGGAAAAAUUCACACCAGCCUCCGAAAGUACCACUAAGAUCCGAACUCAAGUCUCUGGAGACCCUAUAAUGAAGCAGGUAAAGCCUGAAAUUAUUCCUUCUUCAGUCAAAGCAACUAGUCGUCUGGCAGAAGAUUCAGUAACAGCCUUAGGUAGUGAAAAAGAAGAGCUGGGAAUUACAUCAUAUUCUUCCACAGAGAAAAGGCUGUUGAAGGAAUCAAAAGCAGAUGCUUCAAAGGUUGUGGAAAAUGCUGAUGAAGCCCAGCAGUCAGAAUCAGAGAAACCUCUGCCUGAGGCCACAAUCUCAAUGCACGAAAAAUCAAAACUUUCCCUGAUUCAAUCUGGGGAAAUAACUGCACCACUGGAUUCCCCAAAAAUAAUUAACAAAGUGCCUGAGCAGGCUGAAAUUGCUGCCCCAAGUACUGUCACCAAUGGUAAAGCCAAAAAAGGAAUUUCAUCUUUCACAUCGUGGAUGGCCAGACUGUUUUUUGGAGCGAGCGCUCCGGAAAAUGAUGUUGAUGAAAAAGAAGCUCAGCCAAGCCCUGCUGCAGACACAGCUGUGUUGGAAGAGGAGGUUAAAAUGACACUUUCAGCUGCCACUGAAGACUUUAAUGAGGCUGAGAAACCAGCACUAUCUCCUUUAUCAGUGUCAGGACUCUCGCCUGAGAAAGAACCUAAAGUCAUUGUAAUUAAAGCCAGUGAAGAAAGGGAGCAGAAAGAAAUACCACUAACUUUACCUAACCAAGUAGAUAAGGAGCCAUCCAAAUUGACUUUGUUAAGAGGUGAAAAGGCAUCACAAAAAUCAGAGCCACUACCAACUCAUCAUUUACCAGAGUCAGGACUGUUAUCUGAGGCAGAAUCUAGAACUGCCUUAACAGAAUCUGGAAAACCAAGACAGUCCAAAGAAGAACCUAUGUUUUUAUUAGCCGUGGAGGAAACUCCACCAGACCUGUCCAAACCCAUUUCUGGGAGUGUUAUUGAAGAACAUAAGAUACCAGAAAAUAGGAAGGAAGAAAUGCAACCUUUAUCAGGCAUAGAGGUUGAGAUGCCAUCAGAACUAGCAAGCAUCAAAGUUACUUCUGCUCAGAACAGGACAUAUCUUGAAAACCAACCUCCUGUUUUGGGAAAACAAUUGGUUUUAGAAGAAGCUGAAAAUGGUGCUCCUGUUCACAUCACUGGUGAGAACAGGGUACAAAAGGCAGAAAUCUACACUCACUCUGAGACCAGCCAGUUGACAGAAGAAUCAAAGAAUGUUUUAACCUAUCUUAAUGAACAGCAUGACCAAGAAAAAACACUGUUUUCUGCAGUGGAAGUGGAUCAAGUUAUUUGGUCGGCAAAGUCAACUCCAUCAGAAUUUGCAAGUGAAAGGACCAUGAAAGAAUCAGCAAAGCUAGAGUCAAGAACUUUGACAAUGGAAGAAUCAAAAGAUAGUUUAAUUAAAGUUGGUGAUGAUAGACCAGAGAAAGAAAUGCCAAAGGCUGUGUCUUCAACAUUUUAUGAUGAUGAGCCUAAUCUAAAAACUAUAAGUUCAACUGAUGAAGAAAAAGUCUUAGAACAAAAACCGUAUCGCAUCACGGAAAAAGCUGUGCUGGCAGAAAAGUCAGAAAUGGCAGUCCCAUUGAUUCUGAGAGAGACAAAGGAAAUAAGGAUGGCAGGCCUCUUACGGGAAUCAGAACUACAUAAAGCAGAAUACUCAAAAGAGGCUGUAGUUCAGUUCUGUGAAAAUAAGGAAGACAGAGGAAUGGUGGCCAAGAUACCUACUGAAGUCAGUAUAGUGUCAGAGGUACCCAAGUCUACUGCUUCAAUUCCCAGUGAAAACCAGCUCACUUCUGCAGAGAGAGGCAUGAGGGAAGAUUCAAAACCUCAUCCAAUUCUGGAAUCCAGAGAAGUGUCUGAGGAAUUAGGUAUGACUCUUGGAAGCUCUGUGGAUGAAAGUCAACCACUAUCAUUUGCUAAAGCAGAUUUUUUCAAGGAAUCACAGAUUGUUUCAGCAGGCCCCACAGAAAGGAACAAAGAAGAAAGUUGUCAAUCUCCUUUGACAGAGAAAGAAAAGUUAAUUUUGGGAAGAUCUGAUGCUGUCACUGUCAGUCUUGAGAAGGAAGGUGAACAAAAAGUUAGCCUUCCAAAUUUAUCUCCAGGUGAAAAUAAUCAAAUGACUCCAACUUACUCAGCAGGAGGAACCAAUUUUGCCUCUGAAGAAUCAACAAUCCCCUUUGGUAUUUCUCAUGAUGAAAGUGAGAAUCUGAAAAAUCAAGCAUAUUCUUUGGCUAAAGCAAAAUCAGUUACUGGAGAAUCACAAAUGGUGCUCUCAGUGGCUCACCCAGAAACCAAGGAAACAAAAACAGUAGGAAUCCAGCCAACUUCUUUAAGUGAAACGGAUUCAUUGGAAGAAAAGACUAGGACAUUCAUUCCAAGUAGUCCUGGUCACAGAGUGGAAGUAGACCAGGAGGACAUUUGUGCUUUACCUGAUAUAGGAAGUCUGAUGUCUAAAAUAUCAAGUCACAACGAGGAAAAGGAACAAUACUUCCUUUCCUCUGAUAUAUCACAUGCCAUGGCUAAGCCUUCAAAAGAGGCUUUACCUGGUAUCACCAAGGAAAGCAAGAAGCAAGAGCCACAACCCAAAUUAGGAAUCUUUGGUAAACUGGUGUCCAGAGAAUCUAAAAUUACUCUAGAUCGUCCCUUUGAUGAAACAGAGAACUUAGAUCAAUUAUCUUCUUUUCAAGAAGCAAUUUUCUCACCUGUGAAAUCACCAGCUGUGAUUUCAGUAUCUUCUCCAGCAGUUAAUGUAUCAGAGAUAUCAGAAAUUUCACCACCAGAACUAACAGUAGCAAGUCAGGCUCACCAAACCAAAGAUGGUACACCAGAUUCACCUAUGCCACCCACUUUUGUCUCAAAGCAAGUUUCUGAUUCCCAGACAAAGCCUAUGGGUGAUCUUCAGGUGGAUAGACCAUAUCCAUCAGCAAUUCGUGAUUCUGAUCAUGUUACAUGCGAUAUACCAUCAACUAAUGAUGAAGCAAUUUCUUCCACUGAAGGCAUAGCGAAGGAACCUGAAAACCUCUUCGUAAAAGACGGAGCAUUUGCAGCUCCUGUGGUGACCAGCAAGCCCCCUGGCCUCACAGAAGAUCAAAAAAAUGCAUUUAGCAUCAUUUCUGAAGGUUGUGAAAUAUUGAACAUUCAUGCUCCUGCUUUUAUUUCAUCAGUCGAUGAGGAAGAGUGUGAAAAAAUGCAGGAUAAGUUAGAAUACUUGGAAGAGAAGACUUCACAGAGCAUUCGACCCUUUCAUGAUGGCAGUAAGGUGACUAUAGCCCAGGAAACUGAAAUGAGAAAUGAGUCCCAUGCAGAUCACUUGGAUGCAGAUGUGUCCCUGGAGAAGGGACAGAUGCAAGAGAAAACUCACCUAGCAGAAGAGGACACUUCCACUGACUCAGAUGUGGCCUUCAGUUAUCAUACAAUGCCCAGUGAUGUGGAUUAUUUUGAAAAAUAUACUUUAAUUGACUAUAACAUCACUCCAGAGCCACUGAAAAAGGAAUCUUUUGAAAAGCAAGACAUUGAAAGAGAACCCCAAAAGAAAGUUCCUGAAGAAACCAUCUCUUUCCCAGAAAGUUCAGCAGAUAAGACUCUGGAAUAUGAGUUUGACUUGGUGAAAUUAGAUGAAAGCUUUUAUGGAAUGGAAAAGGAUGAUAGCAAAGUUUCUUAUACAGAAUCUCAUCCAUCUUUACCUACCCUCAGAUCUACAGACAGUGAGACUCCAAGGGAUGUAGCCAGAGAUGUGGAAUCAAAGUCUCCUGGAAUGCCCUUAUUCAAUGCAGAAGAAGGGGUGCUGUCCCGAACUCAACUAUUUCCUACGGAAGUUAAAGCUAUUAACCCAGAGUUGCUAGAGGAACCACCAGCACUAGCAUUCUUAUAUAAAGAUCUAUAUGAAGAAGCAGUUGGGGACAAAAAACAGGAAGGUGAGACCACCUCUGAUAGGGAGAGCCUAAAUUCUGAUGCUUCAUUUCCCAGCAGACAUUCUGAUGCUGAGGAGGGGACUGGAAUAUAUUUUGAGAAGUACAUUCUCAAAGAUGACAUUCUACAUGAUGCAUCUGGAUAUCAGAAAGACCAAAGCCAACCUCUGGAAGAAAAACCAGUUGGUAAAGAUGACUCAUGCCAACUGAUAGCUGGAGAAGGAGAAGUCUGGGGGAGGUUCGGAACUAUUUUGGGGGAGAGGAGCAUGGAGGAGGAACAGAAAGCUAUGUUCAGUGAAGGGGAAUUAAGAAGCAGUGUGGAAACCUGUAAGGAUGGAGAGCUACAGGGGAAAGUGCCCAUCACUGAGGAAGUCCAAUUGGCUUCUCAGAAAAUAAGUUAUGCAGUGCCCUUCCAAGACAAACAUCAUAUUUUAGAGAGAGUAGAUGAACCUGAUGGCCAGGGUAAUGAGGAAGAAAAUGCUAGUCCUGAGGCAAGUCAGCAUUUCCCAGUGGAAGUGUCUUACCCAGAAGAAGAACUCAUGUCAGGUGCAACACCUGCUCCAGAAAGCCUGCAAGUAGAACCUCAACUAUCUGUACCUGCUGAAAUGACAGAGGCAAGGCCCUGCAGCAGCCCUGUUCAGGAUGAAUAUGAGUUUGCAGAAUUAAUGAAUUAUGAAGUGGUUACUCAAGAGGAUCUCUUAUCAGACGACUUGUUCUCUGAAUCCACGCCUGAAGAUGUCCUAUCUCAAGGCAAGAAAUCUUUUGAGCUUAUUGGUGAAAAUGAUGAAUUUGCGAAGCAAGCAGAACAAAUUAAGUCUGUUCUACAGAAGGAUUCUGGAUCUGAGAUUGUGGAGCCAGAGCGAUUAUUGGCAGAAGUGAAAGAUGCACAGAAAGAAACAAAAAAAUCCCAGAUCGACACAUAUUGCUACACAUGCAAAUGCCCUAUUUCUGCGAUUGACAAGAUUUUUGGCGCGCACAAAGACCAUGAAGUUGCCGCACUUGACACAGCUAUUGAUGUGGUCAAGAUUCAAUUAGGAGAAUUUCUAGAAAAUUUAAAAGAAAAGUCUCUGAAGAUUGAAGCAUUUGUUACUGAGAUAGAAUCAUUCUUCAAUACUAUCGAGGAAAACUGUAGCAAAAAUGAGAAACGGCUUGAAGAGCAGAAUGAAGAAAUGAUGAAAAAGGUGCUGGCCCAGUAUGAUGAGAAGGCACAGAGCUUUGAGGAGGUGAAGAAGAGAAAAAUGGAAUACCUACAUGAGCAGAUGGUGAACUUCCUACAGAGUAUGGACACUGCCAAGGAGACUCUGGAGACAAUUGUCAAGGAGGCAGAAGAACUCGACGAGACUGUUUUCCUGACCUCAUUUAAAGAAAUCAAUGACAGGCUCCUUUCUGCAAUGGAGAGCACAGCUUCUCUAGAAAACGUUCCUACGGCAUUUUCACUUUUUGAGCAUUAUGACGACAGUUCAACAAGAAGUGACCAGAUGUUAAAACAUGUGGCAGUACCACAGCCCCCCAUACUGGAACCUCAGGAACCUAACUCUGCCACGAGCACAACGAUUACGGUGUACUGGAGUGUGAGGAAAGAGGAUGUCAUUGACUCUUUCCAGGUCUACUGCAUGGAAGAGCCUCAAGAAGACAGUGAAGCAAAUGACUUGGUGGAAGAAUACCGACUUACAGUGAAGGAAAGCUAUUGCCUUUUUGAAGAUCUGGAACCUGGCCGGUGUUAUCAAGUAUGGGUGAUGGCUGUCAACUUCACAGGAUGUAGCCUGCCAAGUGAGAGAGCCACUUUCAAAACUGCACCCUCCACCCCAAUAAUUAAGGCUGAGGAAUGCACAGUGUGUUGGAACACUGCCAUCAUACGAUGGAGCUCUGCCAACCCAGGGGCCGCUGAUGCCUAUACACUGGAGUACUGCCGGCAGCAUUCCCCAGAGGGAGAGGGGCUCAGAUCUUACUCUGGAAUUAAAGGAUUUCAGUUAAAAGUUAAUCUCCAGCCCAAUGAUAACUACUUUUUCUAUGCAAAAGCUGUCAAUGCUUUUGGGACAAGUGAGCAGAGUGAAGCUGCCCUCAUUUCCACCAGAGGAACCAGAUUUCUCCUGUUGAGAGAGACUGCUCACCCUGCACUACAGAUCUCUUCAGAUGGGACAGUAAUCCGCCUUACUGAGAGGAGGCGACUCACCGCAACUCCAUCUGUCCUGGGUGAGCAACUGCCUGCCUGUGGCCAGCACUACUGGGAAACCACAGUAACAGACUGUCCAGCGUAUCGUCUUGGAAUCUGCUCCAGUUCUAAUACACAGAGUGUUGCCCUGGGACAGGGUGAUGCUUCCUGGUACAUGCACUGUUCUGAGCCACAGAGGUAUACAUUUUUCAGCAAUGGCACGGUGAGCAACGUCCACGUGACUGAGCAUCCAGUCAGAGUGGGCAUUCUUCUGGACUACAGCAACCAGAGACUUUUAUUCAUAAAUGCUGAGAGUGGGCAGCUGCUUUUUACCAUCAGGCACAGAUUCACUGGGCCCAUUCACCCUGCCUUUGCCCUGGAGAAGCCUGGGCAAUUCACCCUGCACCUGGGAAAAGAGCCGCCAGAUUUUUUGAGGCAUAAAUAAUGAUUUGCUUUCAAAGUAGUGUUAUUUGGAAGAGAAAGAAUUCACAUUUAAGGGAUCUGUUCUCCUUCCCAUAAGCCCUCAGCACAUGUGCCCACACUCAUACCCAUAACUACUAAUAACAUCAUUACACAUGAUAAUAAUAACAGCACACGCAGGACAAUAUUACCUUUCAUUUGUGUGGCCUUGUGUGAGAAGAAAGGUUGAACAACCCCUACCCAUUGAGUUAUACAUUGUGAUGUAUACUCAAAAGAAAUAUCUAAAGGAAAAGAUUGGGUUAGACCUGUGGGUCGAAAUGGAGAGAGCUACGUUCAUACAAAGGAAUUCUCUCUUCAUUAUUAAAGAAAUAAUUACCAUGAUGGACAGUGAGGGAGAAGGAAAGAGGGAAUGAUGAUCUACCACAUGAAUGAGUUGCUUCUCCCACUAAAGGAACAUUUGAUUCUUUCCACAGGAAAAUAAAACAAAACAAAUCCUAUGACAUUUCACCAUGAGACAAUGAGUCCUAGUCACGGAAUAAUAUCUCUCACUCUGAAAAUGUUAUCUGUUGUAAAGGUUAUAAUGAACUAUUGUAUAAUAUUGUAUACUCUUGUACACGAGCCCCUUUUCUCUCAGAAUCAAAAUGUAGACACUGCUAAACUUUAGGAAUCUGCUUUCUAUAAAUAAAUGGGUAGAAAAUAUAAAAUUAAAAUGGUGGCCAUGAAGACUUUACUAUACAGAAAAGAUCAUAGAUCAACUUAUCUAUAUAUCCUAUAUAUCAACUUAUCUUCUCAGGAACACCUGAGAAAAGCUGAUGGACAUUGUAUUUCUAUGGGCUGAGUUUUCAUUAAUUUUUUUAAAUGUGAAAAUGAUACCACAAAUUUUUCCAAAAAAUAAUUGUAUCAGCUCAUAGACAAUACCAGUGAUGAGAAAAAGAGGGAGUAUAUAUGUUUAUUUAGGAUAUUGCUUCUCAUCAGAUAUAGUUUUUAAGAGCGUGUUUUAUUGAUACCUUUUGUCAUUACCUCACAGUCAUUUAUGAAAAUGAUGACAAAAACAACCCUUUCCAGACCUCCCAUACUGAAUUCCUUCUCCAUGUAACAAAGAAAAAACAACCAACAACCCCCCCACCCCCCACCCCCACACAUCUGGUUCAAUGACUACAUCUGAAAAUGUAUUCACCCUUCUGCUCCCUGGGGUAUGCUGGAGCCAAAUCAAUCUGGCUCAAGAGAGCUGAUUAUUGAAUUUUGAGUGUGAGCAUUUGCACCUGGGAAAUUGGCUAACACUAAAAUCAGAGCUCGAUUUAUUGUUUUGGGUAAUGUCUAGACUUAAGGAAGUUAUGGAGAAAUAUUAACAAUGCAGAUUAAACUUAAAAGUAUG